GCAUCCUCUAAAUGUUUAUCCUAUUUUUAGGAGCCUAGUACGAUAUGAUGCAUUUUCUUAUCCAUGUUAUCUUGUUCUUUACACGAAAGCUUUUUUUUUCAGUGAGAUGUUGAAUAAAGUAAAUGGAUUUUACUAUCAUGGUCGGGGCAAAAGUACCGUCUUGUCCAGGAGUAAAUCUGUUUUUUGAUAUGACGAUUACCAACUCAACGAAACAAAUAACGUUCACCUAAUUCACCAACAUAUUCUUGACCUCAUUUAUUAGUGAGAUAAGAAUGAAAUUCUGCGAUGCUUUACCAUUUCCUACAUCUUGAGAGAUUCUGCAAAUACUUAAUUUUAUAUAGUUGGUGCUUCCAUUUGAUUUGACAAUCGUUUACUCAGGUAUAGCGAUAAUAAAAUCGUGUCGAAAUCGGCAUCGUUAAUUUUGGCUGGGGUACCGGUAUAACAUAAGUAUCUAAACCUUAAGCAGACAACUAAAAAAUAAGGAAGUUAAGGCCUGGUGGAGUGAUUGGGCUGGUGUCUUACUCAGUAUUUCAUUCUCUGACAAGCGGUGAGUAUUUAUUACAUCACAAGGCCAUAUUUUAACUUCAGUGUUGUAUUAACCGUAUCAGCAAGUGUUUGUUAUUGACGAAACGCUUGUAAACCUAACGAACAAUGUAAGCCGGUAGAUUAACUGGCAAAGGACAAGUAAUAAAUGUGCUGUUUAAAAAUGAAAGCGAUAACAUUGUGCUUAGCAUGCAACCUGGGACAGUCCUGCUACGGUUGGGCAAUUAUUAAUGUUGGCCAUUCUAACGGUGGGGCUUUAAGCAUGCUAAUUGCGUUCCUGUUUUGCGUAAAAAAAUAUAAUCCGCUACCGUGACACGACUUUAAUUUAAAUAUACAUCGACUGCGCAGCUCUAACCAAUUAUUUUGCUUUAAUUUAUGUAUAUAUAGUUGGAACCAGAAUUGUUGGUACAGAGUAACAGAUGGUAGAAAAGGGCCCAUUGCUUUUUUCUGUAUAUGUACUUUAUACAUACUUUAUAUAUAUAUACUUUAUACAGUGGCUCAUUUUACAAAUACGCUGAAAACUGCGCCCCCGUUUUUACUCAGAUCUAAUUUGCAUUCACGAGAUGCACUGAACAGCUAGGUUUUAUAAUUAUUUACACAUGGUUAGCUGAUAGUUGGCAUCUAAAUAAGCGUAAACGACGGUCUCUUACAAUUGAGCUAAUGCCAUCGUCACGCCGUAAGCACAUCUUCUCAAAUGGCACAUCUUUAUUGAGCUGAACUUAAUUGCCGAGCUACGUACAUUUAUAAAUAGAAAAGCACAUGCUGGACGCGUGCUGACGCCAGGCUGGCAACACUGCUUCUGCAGGGCCGUUUAAAGGCCGAACUUUUCUGUUCUAAUUAAUUUUCAUCGCCACGAUGACUGUUGUGACGACGGUAACGAUUUUAUAUCAUGACAGCUAUUAUCAUGGUCAUAACUACAGCCAUUGAUAAUGUUAGUAUUCUUGACUUGAAAUUGUUCCUUUUCGUUUUCUUUCCCAAUCUCUCCUUUCCGUCGGCGUCUAUCCUCUGGAGCAUUGCUUCUCGACGAGCGGAAGUUGACCGUAAACACCUUUGUGCAUCGCCGUUUGACAGCUAUCUGGCUAUGCGCGACCCUGCCGUAGCGUGCAUCCGCGAUUGUUGCCGUUACUGAUAGCGCCUACGAUGAUCGGCCGGUCUGUCGUUCGAAGUUGUCAGCAGUAGACAAGCAAGCUAAUCCCGCUAGCCAUUCGGUGAAUCAAAGCCGGCAAAGUCCUGGCAGCACAACACAGGCGCCAUGCGGUUGAGGGCGCUAUCCUGUCUAUUCGAGGAUUUCGCGUAGUCCUUCUGGCCUACCGCUUACCUGCGUGUCCGGCCGUCACCAGGAGACGAGUAACUGCUGCUGCUAUUGCCUUCGUGCUGAUGUUGACAUGGCAGCAUCUAGACACCAUCAUCUAGCGACAUACUCAAGGACACGCACAUACAGACAUUCCCAAGAAAUCGUGAAGUCAAUAAGUUCAACCGUAAAACACAGGCCAAACGAUAGGUAUAAACCCAACGUGACGUACACAAAUGAAACGGCAGCACAUCGUCUGCCCAAUGUAUCGCAUUCGACAACGCUAUUCUGCGGCGUCGAUAUUAAUGAUUCAUUUCUGACAAAAGAAGGGAAGAAGCGGCGUGCGACCGAUACGGUUCAGAGCAGGCAGUUGUCUGGUCAGAGAGAGACCUGCUCAGCGUUAUAGGUAAGUCAAAAUGAAUUGUUGUGUUCGAAUUGUGAGAAAUACGAGCUUUGCGUAGCUAUGACGGCUGAUAAUAACGUUGUUGCUGCUAAUGCUUGUAUUACUUCUACUGCUAACGCAUUUCGGGUCUAAUCGCUCUCAUUCGUACUCGUGACGCUUGCGGAUAGUUUACCAAUAACUUCACCGGCAACCCCGUCCAACAGCCGUUAACGUUGAGUUGCUCUAACAUCGGACCAGCGGGCAUAAACUUUGUAAGUUUACGUUAGCUAGCAGAGAUACCAGUUUCAGGUGUGCUCCAUCAUUUUAAGCGUGUCAAAUAGAAGCAAAGAAGUAACUGUCUUAACGACUACUGCGUGAAGGCAAAAAUUAUCUCCUGAAGUAGCCACAAGAAGAGUCCUUGGUGCUCCGCCGCCCAGCUCCCCCACAGGAACACCUUCGGCUGCUUCCUGCUAGAGAGCAGCAAAAGCACUUUUGGCAGGUACAUUUAUGUAGAGAGAGUGCCAUCUUGGGAGAAUGUGGAGCUACCCUAAAUACUCACCUUCCUUCUCAACUACUUUAGCCCACAUUGUGGCUUGGUGAAUUGCUCAUAACGUCGAGUUGCGACUACUAUGGAUACUGGGGCAAUGCUGACUUCAACGCAGUUAUCUUUGCCUGGAACUGAUGACUGAUCGGCACCAUACUAUAUAGAUGCUAUGCUUUCGCUAUUCUGAGGGGCUCCUUCGCUCGAUCGGCCAAUAGACAGAGCGGAUCUGUAGGCACCCACACAGCGAGAUUCUUCAUCAUCGUUGAGCUUUGAUUUGACGAAACAGUAGCAACAACAACAACAAAAAACGCACGAGGCUUCCUUUCUCCUGCUUUUGUUGUAAUCGCCAUUAGUGGCGAAAACAACAACAAUACUGGCUGAAAGAAGAGAAAUAGCAGUAAUAAUAAUAAUAUCAACAGCAGAAAUAAUAACGCCAGCAUCAGCGGCAGGGAACGUAGUAACAGAAAAAGGGACGAAAAAUAAUCGAAUCUCAGCGAUCUGAAGUCUUGCAGCACCGGAAUCAUGAACAUCAUCAUUCUAUUUAUCCAACAAAUCUGAGAACUGCUUUGCUCUGCUCUCUGUAGUCCUGUCUUUCGUAGAAGCUCUUAGCAAACAGUUCGCUUAUUGUUCGGAAUACAAAGAUUUAUUGUGCAGGAACUAACAGGGUAAAACAAAGAAGAAACGGUUCGUUCCGUUUUAUAGCAACAGCUCGUGUGCGCAACAUCUUUUCUGCAUUGACUACGUGUGCCAGUCUUGCCUGCUGGUACCAGCUGUUAUAGUGCUACAAGUUGCAAUAUUUCUAUUUUCAUCAUCAUCGACAAGAUCACCCCAUCUCCAUCAUCAUCAUCAUCAUAACUGUUUUUGGAUUCGGUUAAAGCCGCAUUAUCCGUUGUCUCUCGUACAUCUAAUGGCCGCCACCCGCGUGUCUUAGUUGGCGUCGUAUUGUGGAUGAAUCUGUUCACCAUUCCUGCCGUCGCCGUCGGCACGGUGUUCGCUGUGUGAGAGUUAUGCGUGUGUGUAUAUCUCAUGUGAUGGGUGUGUGCCUCUACAAAUCGUCUGCGUAGCGGUAGCAGGAGAAGCAGGAACGCUUGUUUCCUUCAGCCGUAUUUGUGCGUGAGCCGUCUAGCGCGUGUCGUGUUCCUCAGUUCGUUUUGUUAUGCCAUUUCUCUUUAUUCAUUGCUUGAUCAAUACGUGCGUACGCCUUUUGUCUAUGGAUAGAUAUUUGUAGUGUGCCUAAAACCUGGCAGUGUUUGCAUCUUUACGUCUCUCUUAGUAAACGGCAUGUGUUACUGAUUGAAUGUCGGUCAGUCUGCCUGCCUGUCCAUCCGUUCGUCCUGCCGUCCGUCGAUCCGCCCCAUCAUCGUGUUUGUCGCCUAGUAUAUUACUGAAAGCCAGCCAGCCAGACAGACAGACAGCUAGCCGGCCGGCCAGCCAGUCAGUUAACUGGCCGUCUGUUUGAAAGUCUAUGCAAAUCUUCUGCUCGGCUUAACUUCGGACUGGAGUGUUGCCGUUCGUGGUCGUGCUACUUCUGCCGCUACUUUUGCAAUUGCUAUCGUUGCUGUUGCCCGAGCUAAUGGUCGUUGGCGCCGCGGUGUUGAUUGAGCUGCGGUAGACGCCUUCUCCCGGCAGCAAGGGCCGUGGCCUUCCCUCGCCUCGCCAGCAGUGGCAUGCAUUGCACACGAUCGACCAUUUUGCUCUGUCGCUCUUCGUAGAUCGAAGUGUUUGUAUUCUCGUGUGUCCGUGCACCUCCAGACACUCGCCUUCUUCCGCCAUAAACUGUGUGGACCAAUUCGUUGUUGUCCUCGUUAACGCCGUCCAUUGUCAACUUCGUCGAUUGGACUUAACUAGAGCGGUAGCCGCGGUUAUACCCACCCAACGAAACGGCAAAAAGGCUACAAUUAUUUGGCGCAUAUACGUGUCGCAACUAAAGCUUUGACAACUGCAGUUAUCAUAAAAGAUUCUUUGUAUUGCCACCAUCGAGAAGUGAAAGCGAUAAACAGUACCGAGUGCUACAUAUUAUCUAUGCACAGCGGAUUUUCUCCCUAUCGGACCAUUUAGCAGGCUCAACGUCAAAAACAUUCACAUCCGACAGUGUUUGUGUCUGUGUGUACGUGCGUGUUUGUGUCAGCUAGCAUCAGAUAUAGCGCUUCAUAGGGCAGUGUUAAUUUGGUGAUCAAUAUAGCCUUCCAACUUCCAAAAGUUCGUGUAUCGCACGACGAGACGCACACUGUAAUCUAUCCGACAGGUGCUUGCCAAGUUCCAAUUAGUAAUCUGCCACAUUUCACAAUGUACCACCGAUCACUAAACGUUCCUCGCUCGAGCCGGGACGGCGGAAAUGGAACGACGGGCGGCAGCGGUGGACGAAAAGCACUCAGCAUUCUAGAACAAUCAGGCCAAGCAUAUUCGACGCAAUCAAUACUCACAGCAAUGGAACGCUUCGUUCGUUCAGUGGAUAAUAUGCAUGCAACCAUACUUGUUCCAUCAAAACUACGGGACAUGCAGUUGGAUGGGCGGGUACCACCCCCGCACCCGAUCAAGGCCUCGGAUCCGCAUUCGUUCUACAGCGUACUAAAUGACGUCAAGGACGAACUCCUUUGGGGUCCUGGCUCAGCACUCCUAAGUAGCGAGCACCCCGGCCAAAGCCUGCAGCUCAGUCGUCCACAUUCGUCUAGUCACCAGCCACAUUCCUCUGCACCCACGCCGAUGUCGACGAACUCGUCGAGUUUAGGCGGUUGUAGCAACAGCAGCAGUAGUAACAGUUAUCACCAUAAUAGUAUGAGUUCGUCGCAUCCGCUCGGGCUGGCUACCAGCGGACGAAACCACGUGCUUCGUGCCCCUUCGGUGCUCGGCCUUAAAAAGACCGAGAGCUUUGGUUCGGCCGGAUCCGACCAGGACACCGACAGCGACUCGCUAUCCGAGUCGAUGCUCACUGACCCCGAGAUGCAGGGCGUUCUCAAACAGGUCUCCGGCUCAAAGACUGACUCUGAAUCGUUAUCUGACACGACCGGCUCAGAGGAGGGUCGCGAUUCCCUCGAACACGGACGCCAUCUUGCGUCGGCGUUCCGACACCACCUGCAGGGACUGCACGUAAUCCUGCACCAGCUGGCCGAUUCGGCAGACUAUCUAGCUGCGCGUUAUCAACAAGAAAUUGAAUCAAGCGAUCACUGACAGAAUGGAAUGGGCUUUCGUCAGUCAAUGGAGUUUUGGCUUCGGGGCGGCAUCCUCAUCCUCGUCGUCAUCGUCGUCGUCGUUGUCUCAUCACCGCACAAUUUCCAGACGACGCGAGUUCACUAGGCUUCUGUUUUUAGAGUAGACAGAACCCUUUUGUCUCUACCCGCUUGGUUGGCUAUCCUAUACCCAACCUUGAAAAUUAACUUCAGCUCUGCCCUCUACGCCCCUCCGCCCUCUACAGUGCCCUUAAAGUGUCUGUUGUUCACUGUCGUACCUUCAACCAAGAGAAAUUCCGGCGAAAUAAUAGCAGUAGCGGUAUUUUGGAGUACUCUGCUUUCCCCCGUUUAUUUUUUUUGUAUAUGAAGCUAUCUAUACGAUACGACACAAUGAAGCAGUUCGAGCACUGCUAACUACAUGUAGCAAUGCACCAGCGACCGCCGCAAUAGCAAUGACAACAGCACCCUCACGACCGUCACUGCCGAUGUUGGAGCCGCGGUCCAACGCACUAGCAGUUGAAGCAGCGUAAAUAAAGGAAGGCAUCUUUCAAUAUGAUUCGUCUUCUUCCGAUGAAAAGCGAAAUUUGCUAUGUUACUGUUGCGGUCGCUACCGCCAUCUCGGUGCGGCUGCUGAAGCGCCAACAGCAAUACACCAAUACCUUUUUGCGAUUCGUAGGCUUCGUUGUGACUCUUGCCGCAGUCAUCUUCUUCGUUGUUGUUCGUCUUCACGUCUAUCAGACGACGGCUUCAACAUUCGACUUCGUCUUCAUUUUCAGCGGUUUUCUUCGGUGCUGCCGCUAUUGCUGCCGUCAUCACCGUCGCCGUCGUUUACUCCCUAACGACGUGAAGAGGCCGCGCAUCUCUGCCGCUGCCGCCGUUUGCUCGCCUGCAUGCCUGUCUGCCUGCCAGUCAGUCAAUCAGCCAGCUGCCUGCCUGCGUGCCUGUAUGUGCCUGUUCUUCAGCAGUAGCAAGCAGCGGCAGUAAUAGUACUAGCAGCUGCUGGACCUGCAUCAACUGUCCAAAGAAUCCAUCGAUGAUGUUGUGAACGCCCCGCUACGCUUUUAGGUUGUCUCAGCCGCCAUCGCGGCGGCAGUGUGAUGAGAUGCGAUGCGAUGCGAUACGAUGGUCGUAGUUGUCGCUGUCGUCAAAUAGUUGUGGUCGUAGUGAGAUGGUAGUAUUAGAUGCAGCAGCGCUUGUAGUAGAAGUGGUGGUAACGAUAGUCGUUCAUUCAUUCAUUCGUUCAUUCGUCCGUCCGUCGUUGUGGUUGUAGUAGACGUGAUGGCGGUGGGCCUCGCUGAUGCUAGAAAAAAGCAGCAGAACCAAUAUUGGCGAUGUCGGCAAAUUUGACAGCGGCGGCGUCUGCUCAGUCUGAAGCUGCAGCCAUCGUUGAUGCUGAUGCUGAUGCUCUUCUGCAGUUAGCAGCAGCGGUUCUUUUAUUAGUCGUUCGCGUCGCCAUAGCAACAGCCGCCGUCGUCGGCUCAGUUGAUCCACCACGGAAGGAGCUCUAGUGACCUGGAAUCAUCCAUUGGGUCUGGCGUGCACAACAACGCUCACGUUGGUUGUUGCUGUUCCUUGCAACGUCCAAGUGCGACACCACGGCCCCACAUCCAUUCCGCCACACAUCUGCAGCUACAUCGUUGUUGUUGUCGUCGUCGUCGUCGUCGUCGUCGUUGUUGUUGUUGUUGUUGUUGUUGUUGUUGUAGUUGU